UUGAAUUAGGUAUAUUCUGCGUGAAGCUUAAAACCUUGCAGAACGCGUGCUCUCGAUGUGGCAGUUGUAUAUAUUCUUGAUGCUUCAUAUGAAAUACGUGCUUUGCUAAAAUGUAGCCAAGACCCGCUAAACAAUGUGUUUUAAGUUCAGAGGCUAAGCUGUUAGCUAAAAUCAGGAACCGGGCUCCAAAGCUUCUGUUACCUGAGCUAUUCUCGUUGGGAAAAGAGAUAACUUGUCUACAGGAGGAAUGGAAUCCAUGAACAAUAUAAUUGAUUCGCAAGCGUUCAGUCACCAGCAAUUGGUAGUGGAAACAACUGAGUUCAUAGGACAUGUCGGACAGGUGGGAACGCAAAAACUGAAUCAGACGCCAACUGGUGAGUCAGAUGCGUUGAACGGAAUGAAGUACGUAAAGUCGCCGGCACUGCAGACGCUGAUCGCGAGCACGGACAGUGUUGGUCGGAUACAUGACGGUGAUGAGGACGAUGCGGAUGAACUGGACGACGGCGAGGAGGGGGCGGAGCCCAGUUCAGCUGUGGUUAUGGUUAUCGACGAACUGGGCAGCGGCAGCACUUUGCAGACAACGUAUCAAUUAGUGCCUGAACAACUGCAACUACAGGAUGGGGCCAGGACUCUAUCCUUACUGCCCAUGCACCAUGCAGACGAGCGACCUGUUAGUCCAGUUGAGUUCGAUGGCUCUGAUGACUCUCUGAUGGAUGGCCUAUCAACGCAAAUUAUAGCCGUUAAGCAGGAGCACAAGCUGGUCAUAGUGCAACGGGAUCCGGAUGCCAAUGGGAUAAUUAAUCGACGCAACAGUCCACAUCUUGGCCUUAAUAUGUCGCAUGUGAAUGUUAUUGAUGAAUUGUCCUCAGAUGGCGGCAUCGAGGAGGUUACUUUAAAUCAGCACCAUCAACAGCUCCUCGAUGAACAGCAGCAGCAUCAUCAUCAACAUCACCAGCACAACCUCCAGCAGCAGCAGCAUCACCAGCAUCACCCACAAUACGGACAGCGUCUGGUCACUACAUCGGAAAUAAUUCAUCAUCAUCAUCAACAGCAGCAGCAGCAUCAACAGCAGCGUCAGUUAGCAUCGGGUCAAGGACAUCAUAGAGAAUCGCUUUCAGUAAUUGUUCAGGCUCAUGAUGACGAUGAUGAUGACAUUGAUGACGAUGAUGAGGAGGUUGAUGAACACGUUUCAGCUAGUCCGCCACUAAGCGUCGAACAUAGCACCUACCAAACAUUGACUUCAGUCAACAACCAACGCAUAUCAGAGCCGAGUUUCAGUCCGACAUCAUAUGCUACGCUAACACCAAUUCAGCCGCUGCCCCCAAUUUCGACAAUGUCCGAUAAAUUCGCCUAUGCAGGUGGACAUAUCAACUCAGGCAACGGGAGUAGCAACAACAACAAUGCAGCAAUUCGAUCGAAUAAUAAUAAUAGCAGCAAUAGCAAUUCAGAUCGAACGUUUGCCAACAGCCUGCCUUUGCCCAUUGAGGCGACACAUCAGGGCUCGUUGUCGAAUUUGAACCUAAGUGGUUUGGUCUCGGACGUGCAGUCUCCAUAUUCAAACUCGUACGAUAAAUUGCCUUCACUUAUAUCACCUACGCCUGACGCCUACGCCAGUUCGCCGUCACAAGGACUCUCGGGCUUGGUUAAUACAUGCGAUCUGCAUAGUCACAGCUCGACGGUGUCCUCACCAGUGAAUGGCUCUCCUGCUGGUGGUCAUCUGCAGUUGCAUAAGGCAUCCACAGCAUCCGGAGGGGGACAACCACAUCUUCAUAAUCAACAAGUGACUGUACAGAAGCAGGUGAUUUGCCUGUCGCCAACAACAGCCACUGGCAUUGCUGAUUAUGAAGUAUCGUAUCGUCCUAGCCAGCAGCCUGACCCAGACCUACUCAUGUCUAGAGCUGAUACGACAGAUCGUAACGCUCAGCUAAGGCUCCAGCAUAGUCCAACACUCAGUUCCCAUUCGGUUUCAGCAGGCUCCGUUGUCUCCAUGUCAUUGCACUCGCCGGCCUCUGCAGUAACGCUGCCCCACAUUAAUGGAUCGGUCAACAACCUAACUGCCGACUUGCCAGUCGUUAACAUGUCACCAACGCCGACCACAGUGGGUGGCAAUGAUAGCUCGAUCGACGAGCUGGUCCAGCAGCAGCUUAAGAGUCAGCACAACAGCAGCAACGCGGAUUGCCAUGUAGAGAAUAAUGUUGUCAACAGUCUCGAUGUCUGCAACCUAAAUCAACAGCAACAUCAGCCGAAUGGCUUCAAUUCAGAUCAAGCGCAGCCGCAACAACAGCAGCAGCAACCGAAGUUGUCUCCGAAGUUAAGUGGAGUUGCCGCUAAUCCAUUAUCACGCUCGACAGCUGCUGCUCCGAGUGACAUGGAAGAGAUAAAUACCAAAGAGUUGGCCCAGCGCAUUUCUGCAGAGCUCAAGCGGUAUAGCAUACCUCAGGCGAUAUUUGCCCAACGGGUGCUAUGUCGUUCACAGGGCACUCUAUCCGACCUGUUGCGCAAUCCAAAGCCGUGGUCGAAGCUGAAAUCGGGUCGUGAGACUUUUCGACGCAUGUUCAAAUGGCUGCAGGAACCAGAAUUUCAACGUAUGUCUGCUCUACGAAUGGCUGCUGCUCAAAUACCCCAGAGACCAUCAACAGGAGCUGGAACUGGAUCCGGCAACGGCAACAUCAUAUUCACAACAACAACGCCGCCUGGUUCGGGCUCGGGUUCCGGUUCGGGCUCGGGCUCGACAAACUUAUCAGGAACGAGCUCAGUUGCAGUAACGCCAUCGGCCACUGUGCAUACCAACGAAAGUUCAGGGGCGACGCAUGGAUCAAGCAUUGCAACAAAUGCAAUGCUAAGCAGUUCGGGUCUUGCCUCCAGCUGUCGUCGCAAAGAGGAGCCGCACAUAGAGCAAAUGCCGCAACCGAAAAAGCCCCGUUUAGUUUUUACGGAUCUGCAGCGACGGACACUACAAGCAAUUUUUAAGGAAACAAAGAGGCCUUCAAAGGAGAUGCAAGUGACGAUUGCACGCCAGCUUGGAUUGGAGCCAACGACAGUGGGCAACUUUUUUAUGAAUGCGCGAAGACGCUCAAUGGACAAAUGGCGCGACGACGAUAAUAAGAAUUUACAGCACUCGCAUAGUAGACAGCACCAGCACCAGCAGCAACACCAGCAGCAACACCAGCACCAGCACCAGCACCAGCACCAGCAGCAGCAGCAGCAGCAAGAGCAACAGCUUCAGCACCAGCAGCAGAAUCAGCAGCAUGAAGAGGAGGAAGAUGAGCGAAGCAGCGGACACUAUAGCAACCUGCACACGACAGCGAUGUCGCCGUUGGGCAAUUUCGAUGAUGAUGGCGAAAUGGACUUGGAGCUAGAACACCAUGACUUCUUAGUAGCUGAUCAUGAUGAUGAUGAACACGAGGAGCACGAUGACAUGUUGUGACAUAACAGAGAAUGUCUAGACGAACAGCUAACACAAAAUUCCUAUAAGCUUGAUGCCGAUGCCGAUUCAAAUGACCGUUUCAAAUUCAACAAGAAGAAGAAUAGACAGCAGCAGAAAAAUAAGAAGAAAAGCAACGUUGUUAAUGCGAAAUGCGAUCAAGAUAGCGGCUUGAAUCAACGUUCGAACACAUUAGCAGCUGAGUGGUCAAUCGACAGUUUAGGUGCUAUCGAUUGCGUUGAGUAUUUUAAUAGGCCGAUAGACGUGGAUGACAAUUUGCUUGCCAGCAUCAGUUCAGUCAAACGCUUGUCAGUUUGUUUCGGUACGAAAUGUUAUAAAGAUCCGGCCUUACAGUUAAAUGAAUUCUUAGUUCACUAAGCAAACAAAGAGAGAGAGAUAGCCGGAGAUCUUCUUCAUGCAAUGGAAUUUUUUUUUUUUUGGUAAUCAUUUUGUUAAAGCAUGUUUACAUAUGUAUUUUUUCGGUGUCCCAAAAUAUCCCCCAGAAUCACCAAUUGAAUCUGGCGUACGCUAAAUGCUACAAAAAUUCUUCGAUCAUCCUGUUGGGAAAUUAAAUGACACUUCAGUUGGUUUCUGUUCUGGCUCCUCUUAAAAAUUAAACCUUUAUUUAUCAUCUUGAUUAGAAUCCGAGUCGAUCAAGCAAUGUUCAUCCUUCCGUAGGUGCGCCUGCCUGUCCGCCUGUCCAAAUCCAAGCACAAAUCGAUUGUGCCACUCGCCCAAUUUGGAUACUCUCAGUUUAAUAUAUUGCGGUCUGUAUAGAAAUCGGGUCCGACAGAUAUAUAUGUAAGUCUUCUAGUCUGUGGCUCUUGAAUAAUGGCAAAGAUCAAACCGACUGCCGACUAGAGCUGACUUAAUUAAUGUAUUAUGUUUUUAUAUUUCUAAUUGUGUAUGUACAUAUAUAUAUAUAUAUAUAUAUAUAUAUAUAUAUAUAUAUAUAUAUAUACAAUAAAAUCCGCUUAUAACGACACUCAAGGGACCGGAAGGUCCCCGGAAGGCGCUAUAGCCGUAUAAGCUUGCUAAUAAAAGUUUGUCUGGCGAGCAGAAUUUUCGUCGCUAUAACCGUACAGACGCUAUAAGCAGAGUCGUUAUAACCGGAUUCUACUGUAUAUAUUGUGGAAUCCAGUUAUCGCGACGAAAAUUCGAUGUUGGUCCCCAUACAAACUUAUAUAAAAGAGCCUCCGCAUAGUACGUUUCCGCAUUAACGGCUUAACCCGCUUAUAUCGACAAUAUUUUUCACAUUAUUCAGGCAAAGUGCAAUGCCGACGUCAUUUGUUCUUUGAGCGUCGUUAUAACCGAAUCCCACUGUAUAUAUAUAUAUAUAUAUAUAUAUACAUAUAUGUACAUAUAUGUUUUUUCUUUAGUACCUGAUUAUGAAAUUCCGGUAAUUUUCGAGCAGUUUAUUUUUCUAAUAAAAUUUUCUUAGCUUCUUAGCUUACCUAAGUGGGAGAUAAUGCAGAAAUAAUUUUACUUUUAAAUGUUCUUAGAGCCGAGUGAUGCAAACUUUAUAUGAAAAAGUCUCUAGUCAAAUUUAUAAAAUAAAAAAGGUACAA